ACUUCCUCUCUCUUUCAUAAUCUCUAAUGGCUACCAUCCUUGCCUUUCUCCUCUUUCUCUCCACAUUUUCUACUGCAACAGCUCAACCAAAACAUUUAAACAUAACCAUAGAUUCUUAUAUCUCUGCCACAACCCACCCCACUUCAUGGAGCUCCCCUUCUGGUCUAUUCUCUUUCGGUUUCUACCGUGAAGGCGCCGGCUUCAGAGUCGGAAUAUGGUUGGAGACAAGUCCAAACAAGACAAUCGUAUGGACCGCGAACCAGGAUGACCCGCCUGUUUCCGGAAACAGUACAUUGGUCUUAUUGAAGAAUGGUUUCUCUCUACGAACGGCAGGAGCCCAAGAUAAGUUCCUUCCAAGUGAAUUCUCAUCCCAAUAUUUCUUGUCCUCAGCUUUGAUGUUCGAUUCAGGAAACUUGGUUCUCUACUAUUCCGAUUACGAAAACACUUGGGAAAGCUUCAAUUAUCCGACUGACACCAUUUUAGGGGGCCAAUCCCUUCUGACAGGGAAUAAACUGUUUUCAAGCGAAUCAGAAACUAACCAUUCGACUGGGCGCUUUAUGUUGAUCAUGCAAGAGGACGGAAACCUGGUGUUGUACCCGAAAGAUCUAGAUAACACUACCUCUAUUGAUGCAUAUUGGGCAGCAGCGACUAAUCAAGAAGAGAGCGUCAGCCUACAUCUCUACCCAGAUGGCUUCAUGUACCUAGUCAAUGACACUGGAUAUAAUAAAAAUUUCCUGAAAAGAGGCGCCGUUGCUAACAGCGGAACUGUCGUCUACCGUGCGACCAUAGACGUUGAUGGUAUUUUCCGCUUGUAUUCCCAUAGAUUCACACGGAACAGUAUCUCAACAACGAUGACUGAAGUAUCUGCCUUGCCAAAUAAAUGUAAAGUAAACAGCAUCUGCGGAUUUAACAGCUACUGCAGGUUGGUGGAUGACAAACCCAAUUGCCUUUGUCUUCCUGGUUACAAUUUCACCGAUCCUGAUCACCAGGUGGAAGGCUGCAGCAGAAACUUCACUAUGGAAGGUUGCAUGGUCAAGAAAGAACAUUUUAAAUAUUUCAUUUCUACAGUAGAGGAUGUGGUGUUUCGAGAAAAUUCGUAUAGCACUUUACCGAUCGCUAAAGACGAAUGCGGAAAUGCUUGUUUGAACGACUGUAAUUGUGAGGCCGCAAUGUUUCAAGAUGGCAAGUGCAAGAAACUUGUGCUUCCAUUGAUAUAUGGGAGAUCAGACGGAUCGGACUCUGCCAUUUUCAUCAAGAUGGGUAAUGAAAGUCCUGUGGAUGCAAACACCAAUUCCUCUCCAAAUGCAUCAAAGAUGCCAGCUGUCGAAAUCAAGAAAGAGUCACGUGUGAAGGUUUUAACUGCAGGUAUAGUUCUAAUUACCACGUGUUUACUUGCCAGCAUUGCUUUUUCCUGUUUUCUCAUCUACAGGAAUCGAGCACAAAGCUCUAAAAAGAUGACGGAAGAUAACAAUUUGAGCUUGUCUGAGGAGAUUGUUCUCCGAUCAUUUUCUUACAAUGAGCUCGUAAAAGCAACUGACAAUUUCAAGGAAGAGUUGGGAAAGGGUGCUUUUGGAACAGUUUACAAAGGGACCUUAUACAACAGCAACAGAACGAUUGCUGUAAAGCGACUUGAGAAAUUGAUUGAAGAAGGAGAAAGGGAGUUUCGUGCUGAAACUAGGGCUAUAGGGAGAACUCAUCACAGGAACUUAGUACGAUUGCUUGGCUUUUGUGAUGAGGGUUCUUCAAGGCUUCUGGUUUAUGAAUACAUGAGCAACGGAUCUCUUGCAAACCUUCUAUUCAGGUCCCAAAGCCGACCUGAUUGGAAAGAAAGGGUGAGAUUUGCACUAGAUGUCGCCAGAGGAAUCUUCUAUCUACAUGAAGACUGCGAGCCCCAUAUUAUCCACUGUGAUAUAAAGCCUCAAAACAUACUCAUGGAUGGCUUUUGGACUGCAAAGAUAUCCGAUUUCGGUUUGGCAAAGCUGCUUUUGCCAGAUCAAACAAGAACCUUUACUGGGGUGAGAGGGACGAGAGGGUACUUGGCACCUGAAUGGUACAGGAACAUACCGAUAUCAGUGAAGACAGAUGUUUAUAGCUAUGGGAUUGUGUUAUUGGAAAUUAUAUGUUGCAGGAGGUAUAUUGAGUUAGAGGUUCCAGAUAAUGAGAUUGUUCUCACUGAAUGGGUUUAUAGCUGCUUCAUGGCUGGAGAGUUGCAUAAGCUUUUGGGCGGAGAAGAAGUGGAAGGGAAGAUUUUGGAUAGGAUGGUAAAGGUGGGGUUGUGGUGUAUUCAAGAUGAACCAGCUCUUCGUCCUUCCAUGAAGAAUGUGAUUUGGAUGAUGGAAGGGAAUGUGGACAUUCCCAUUCCCCCAUCUCCGAUUUCAUCCAUGAACAUAUCUUGAUAUGUAUUCUUCCUUUAAAUGCGUUGGUAUUUUUAUCUAAAGGUGUUGUCUUUCAUGAAAAUCAAUGUAAAUUUUAGGUACUUGUGAUAUCAA